AUGACGGCAAUGCUCGUUCCCCGCGAACAACAUUCGCCCUUUUCCCCAGAUCCGUUACGCGCCCCCACCGCACAGCGAUAUUAUCUCGACUUCCCCAAAUCCCCCAUGCACCAUGCGUAUCCCACCCAGUGUUCCCCUGUCUCGCCACUCUCCCUCCCUCCCUCUCCGAGCUUUUCUCCGACCGAAAUCGAUCAAUUUUCCCCAACCACCACCCUGUCGCUCGACGAGGAUUUGAUCCUCCCAUCCUACGAGGGAGAGUCGGGCCGGGCUCGCAAGGAUUCGGAUGCCCUGAGCGACGCGUCCGAAAGUGGAACCCCGUGGACCUGUGGGACCCCGGCUGCAGACGACACCUCCGUGGAAGAUGAACCCUCGCGACAUGUAGACUAUCUCUCCCAUGACUGGCGAGAAGAGGAUAUUUGGUCCUCGUGGCGAUAUGUCGCCGCCCGCAAGAAUGACUAUAGCAAUGGCGUGCGUCUGGAAAACGCUUCAUGGAGGACGUGGGCCAAGGCCAAGAACAACCUGGGGACCAUUUCCCCAGAGACCUUGAAUUGGUGCGUCGGAAGAGUCACCCUCCCUAUAAAGCUUCCUGCUAACGACAUUGCCAGGUUAAAGGACUGUGAUGUCACUUGGCUCUACGGGCCACUCAAAACGUCCGCCUCCAGCGACGCUAUGGUCUCGGAUGUGUCGCCGCCACCCAGCCGCCUCGAAACCCCCAACUCCUAUCUGGAGCCGAAACCCAUCUUGAAAAAGAAAACCGCUUCGGAGACCAUGCUCCAGCGGUCCUUAUCCCAGCACACCCUUCUCCAACAUGCCGGGGCGAUCCUCAAGGCUCAAGAAGCCGAACAAGGCUGGGCCCGCCCUCCGUUCCCUCGGUCCAACACGGAUCUGGAUCAACUCCACCAUCGCACGGGGAGUUCGACGUAUUCGCUCGGGGGUACCCUGACCACCUCUUCUUCUUCGGGAAUGACCUCUCCAAGCGAGCGGCGUCAUAUCCACUUCAACAAUGAGGUGGUGCAAUGCAUCGCCGUUGAAGCCAAGGUUGAUGAAGGUUGGUCGAUGACCCUUGACGAAGAGCCCUCUUCGGAUGACGGGGUGGUCAUGAUGCGUCAGAUAUCGGGAGAGGCACCCAUCAGCACCUGCAGCACUCCCCGGAAUAGUUUCAGCGGCGAGAGUAAAACCAUCGCGCCUCUCCCGUCUACCACCCUGAAAUACCGCGGUGACACCCCUGAGCCCCGUGGUGAGCCCUCAAUCCUGGAUCGCUGGGCCGCGCUCUCCCCACCGUCUCCCACCUCCCAUUCUCCCUCCACCUCCUUGUCCCCAACCCCGUCCGUGGAGACUCUCCGGCCACCGUCUGCGAACUUCCUUUUAGACGAUGACGAAGAUCCAAGCCUUGACUUUACUGGACACUACCGGGACCGUCAGGCCUGGUUCGUCCCUGAAGAGGAAGAUGAGCUAGCGGAUCGUCCACUGCAGCUGCCCACCUCCGGUAUGUUCGUGCCCUAUGGCGAGCCAGAAGGCGAACGCGAAGGGGAGGCCGUGAACCAUACCAUCUUAGGUCGUGUGGUGGAUACGGUCAACACUGCUCGGGAUAUUGCCCAUGUCAUUUGGAAUGUCGGCUGGCGGCGGUGA